UAAUGACCCAGAUAAAUCUGGCUUUACUGCGCAUGCGCGUUAACAAUUUCCUUUUCCCUGGAACUGAUAGUGUUGUUAUCCAGUGAUAUUAGUUUUUAUCUUUUCGGACUGUUUUUGCUCAUAAAGAGGAUUUCGAGUGUCUUUUAUGAGUAAUCAAAGGCAGCAGAAGCCUACGCUAACAGGCCAGCGUUUCAAAACCCGAAAAAGAGAUGAAAAGGAGAGGUUUGACCCUUCCCAGUUUCAGGAAAGCAUCAUACAAGGUCUGAAUCAAACUGGCACUGAUCUGGAAGCUGUUGCAAAAUUCCUUGAUGCCUCUGGUGCCAAGCUUGACUACCGCCGCUAUGCUGAGACACUAUUCGACAUCCUGGUGGCCGGUGGAAUGUUGGCCCCAGGAGGGACACUGUCAGAGGACGUGACACCCACCGAGUUCUGUCUCUUCAAAGCGCAAGAGGACAUGGAGACCAUGCAGGCAUAUGCACAGGUCUUUAACAAGCUCAUCAGGCGCUACAAAUACUUGGAGAAAGGGUUUGAGGAGGAGAUUAAAAAGCUGCUGCUGUUCCUCAAGGGCUUCACAGAGUCUGAACGCAACAAGCUGGCCAUGCUAACGGGGAUUCUGCUGGCCAACGGCAAUCUCUCUGCAUCCAUUCUCAGCAGCCUCUUCAAUGAGAACCUAGUCAAAGAAGGUGUUUCGGCAUGCUUUGCGGUAAAACUCUUCAAAUCCUGGCUUUCUGAAAAGGACAUCGGCUCUGUUGCCACCAGUCUCCGAAAGGUUGGCAUGGACAACAGGCUCAUGGAACUGUUCCCUGCCAACAAGCGCAGUUGUGAGCACUUCUCGAAGUACUUCACAGACGCCGGGCUCAAGGAGAUUUCGGACUUUGCCAGAAACCAGCAGUCCAUCGGUGCUCGCAAAGAACUGCAGAAAGAGCUUCAGGAGCAGAUGGCACGUGGGGACCCUCUCAAAGAUAUCAUUGCCUACGUCCGUGAGGAAAUGAAGAAGAACAACAUCUCCGAGCAAACGAUGAUUGGACUAAUCUGGUUGAGUGUAAUGAGCUCUGUGGAGUGGAACAAGAAGGAGGAGCUGGUCACAGAACAAGCCAUCAAACUUUUAAAGCAAUACAGCCCACUGUUGAAGGCUUUUACCUCCCAGGGCCUCUCUGAACUCACUCUCCUGCUGAAGAUCCAAGAGUACUGCUACGACAACAUACACUUCAUGAAGGCCUUCCAGAAAAUUGUUGUUCUUCUCUACAAAGCGGAUGUCUUGAGUGAGGAGGCAAUUCUGAAGUGGUACAACGAAGGACACGUCGCCAAGGGAAAGAGCGUUUUCCUUGAGCAGAUGAAAAAGUUUGUUGAAUGGCUCAAGAAUGCAGAGGAAGAGUCUGAGUCCGAGGAAGAGGAGGCAGACUGAGGACCUCAAGCUGAACUACCAUGUUGAUUUGUAUUUUUACAUUAACAUAGCACCAGAUGCAGUAGAGAGAUUUGUUACAGAAGUCUGUCUAUAAUUAGUUUUUUUUUUUUUUCCUUUUUUCUAUUCCCUACCUCCUCAUAUCUAGUUCAACUGUAAUGUAAGGGCUUUAAUAUUGCUUUUCUUUUCAACCCGUUUUCUGUCUGUCUGAAUUGAAUCUGAAUGAAGUACUUGUUAGUCUUCUUCACACUCCUUCUGGAAGCGGUCACAGUGCCACAUAUAGCUAAAUGAAUUGACAACCCCCUUUUCCUGUAACAAAAGGGGGGCUGUUUGUUUGGAUAGAUGGGUCCCUUUUAAGAAUUAGCCAGUUUGGAGGCAUAUUUCACAGCUGUUGUAUUAGUCAUGGAACUCUUUCUUCACCAGAGGUCCAUCUGUGUAGCCAUGAUAUCUUGGUCAACUGAAAGGCAAACUGUUUUUUUUUUAAACUCGUUUCACAUCUCUGCCAAUUACGUGACAACUUUAUUUUUUUUUUCCUUCUUUUUUUUUCUGCCAGUAUUUAGAUCUCCGUAACCAGAUGGAGAUGUGCCAUUUUCAGACACUGAAUUGUGAUGGUUUCAAAAGCCCCUUAUAACAAACUUCAGUUGUUCUACACAUCUUAUGUAACAGAACCAUGUUAGCCUUUUUUUCCUUUACCAUACAGAUUGACUUUUUAAAAUAAAUGGAAAUUAAUGGUUUUCA